GCCCUUCUCCCCUUUACAGAUUGCAGAAUGCCAUGCCUUGCUCCAGCUCAGCCCACGGCCUGCAGAGCUGGGGAAAAGAAAUGGUUGUGACGGAGCCGGUGACCUUCGAGGAGGUGGCUGUGUAUUUCUCUGAGGAGGAAUGGGCUCUGUUGGACCCGGGUGAGAGAGUCCUCUACUGGGAUGUGAUGCAGGACAAUUAUGAGGCUGUGAGCUGGCUGGAGUUUUCCUUUCAGCUCAGUGCAGAGAAUGACUCCUGUCGGGAUUCUCUCUCUAUCCCAGCAGGUGAUGUGACACUGAGUGAGAUCAAUGAGGAGAGUCAUCACAAAGGACCAGAGCAAGUGACUCAACAUGGAAUGUUAUUGGCAAGCUCCAAAGGGCAUGGAUCUCAGAGACCUGAGCAGAGAGAAACCUGUGAGGAUCAGUAUAGCCCAGAAAGGCAACAGGGAAACCAUCCAGGGAAGGGACAGGGUAAAUCUAGUCACAGGAGCAAAAGGCUAAAAAGAAAUACAGAAGCUAUGCAACAGAAAAUUCCCCAUCAACAAGCACCCUACACUUACAGUGACACUGCAACUCCUAUUGAACAUCGAAGAACCCAUGCAAGUGAGAAUCCCUUCACCGGCUUUGACUUUGGGAAAAGCUUCAGUGCAAGCUCACUCCUUGCUGGACAUAGGAAAAUCCACGCGGAGAAGCCCUUUUUCUGCUGUUACUGUGGGAAAAGCUUCAGGAGGAGCUCACAUCUUAUUAGUCAUGAGAGAAUCCACACAGGAGAGAAACCCUUCAACUGCUCUGACUGUGGGAAAAACUUCAGGGAGACAUCAGCCCUUGUUAAACACAGCAGAAUUCACACAGGGGAGAAACCCUUCAACUGCUCUGACUGUGGGAAAAACUUCAGACACAGGUCAGACCUUGUUAAACACAGCAGAAUCCACACAGGGGAGAAACCCUUUUACUGCUCUGACUGUGGAAAAAGCUUCCAUAGGCGUUCACAUCUUAUUAGUCAUGAGAGGAUCCACACGGGAGAGAAACCCUUCAACUGCUCUGCCUGUGGGAAAAGCUUCAGGGAGACGUCAGCCCUUGUUAAACACAGCAGAAUCCACACAGGGGAGAAACCCUUCAACUGCUCUGCCUGUGGGAAAAGCUUCAGGGAGAGGUCAACCCUUGAUAAACACAGCAGAAUCCACACAGGGGAGAAACCCUUCAACUGCUCUGCCUGUGGGAAAAGCUUCAGGGAGAGGUCAACCCUUGAUAAACACAGCAGAAUCCACACAGGGGAGAAGCCCUUCUACUGCUCCGCCUGUGAGAAAAGCUUCAGGGAGAGGUCAACCCUUGUUAGACAUAGGAGAAUUCACACUGGUGAGAAUUCACACAUAGGAGAAUUCACACCCUUCAACUGCUCUGACUGAAAAGCUUCAAUACGACAUCACUCCUUGUUAAACAUAGGACAUAGGAGAAUCCACACAGGAGAGAAACCCUAUAGCCUUUGUUCUCUUUAAGCUUGGUGACCAAUUGGCCAUGCAGCAGCCGAUUAAGUGCCAUGCAAGUAUUUGGGGCUAUGGUGGGGAGAGAUGCCUCUACCCACUGGUCUCAGUACUGGGCCAGAUCUCCAGUGGCCUAUCCCGCAGCCCCACAUCUGCCAUUGCAGGGAGAAGUACUUAUUUCCUCCCUCCCCUUCCACAGCAACACCUGAGAUGGGGUGGAGAAAACUGGUGGGAGUUUUUUCUCCUCAGUAUAGCCUUCUUUGGCUUGCCCCAUAACCCUUCCAUCCUUGGCCCGUCCCAGAAAUCACACCGGCAGCUGAAGCCCUCACUCCUCCACAGCUCAAGCCUCUCUCACCCCUGAGCCCCUCCUCACCAGUCCCACCUCAGAGCCAGCCCUCCCACCCUUGCUCCCAAACUCUGUCCCAGCCCUGAGCCACCUUUGCACAAUCCAAGCCCUUGAGCCCCACUUCUACCACCUGAACUUUGUUCUGUGUGCCAAUAUGAAGAUGUCGCAUAUCCCCUCCAUAUUGGUGCCUGUAACAAAAUUCAUUCUGCACACAGGAAGGGAAAAAUUAGGGGGA